CUGCUGCACAGCUCUGCUUUUAGAUGCUCACACACUCCCAGACAGACUGGGAGCGUGUGCAAAGAGCUGCCACAGAUUUGAAGACUGUGGAAGAAACCUCUCGUCUCUCCCAAGGAUUACAAUCAGGAAGCAAUUUCCUGGAGUAAUAAUUUUUAUAAAUUGGAUUAAGAAAGACAUCUGGAACCCCAGAGACGUGUGGGUGGGAAGCGGUCGUCAAUGGAUGAAUAAGUACUCAAGGAUGACUGGAUAAAAGUUUCCAGCAGUGAUUGCUCCACAGCAGACGAUCCUCAUGAGGUAUCUGGUCGAACGUUGACUCACUGCAGGUGUGAGCUUCAUUUCCUCGUGAGGUCAACGGGGAAUGGGAGCAAAUCUGAUGACACAGCUCUCAAAUUUCACUCCAAUCUCUGAGGCACCUGCUCAUCACUGAAAUUGCUUCCCAUCCUCCAAGUUUACAACUUCAAAGCGUAGACCAAUCUUCCACAGAGGCAUUGUUUGUCUAUAUUCAAAACACAUUGUAAGCUUGUAAUUAUGCCCUCACUCUCAUUAUCUCUGUUUCUUCUGCUGCACGACUAAGAGGUGAGGUAGAAGUGGAUCAGAGGGUGAGGAGGGAUUUUUUUUUCCUGCUUCAAGAUUAGAGAAGGUAGAAGAGGGAGAGAGGAAGGCAAAGGGGGAGGGAGAGAUAAACAGAGGCAGUUUAAGGCGGUAAACACAUCCCAUCCAGAGCCAGCUCUCCUCUAAACACAUCAGGCAUACAUCAGCACUGCAUUUGUCCGCGGUGACUCUGAAACAGCAGGACAAACAGUCAGUGGACAAACUGAAGCGAGUAGAAAACACUGUGGUUGUCAGUCUGGAAACACUGGAGGGAAGAUAAAGUGAAGAAAUCUGUGCAGUUGAUUAUUAGUGAGGAUAAAAAUCUUGAUUUCCCAGCAGAGACGAAGAGCAAGAGACAGCCAUGGACUCAGACGUCUCCCACACUUUCUCUUGUGUCUGCAGCAAGAUGAAACAGCAGCAUAUGAGCAAAUGCAGCGGUGGCGUCUACCAGCACCAGACCAGAUCCACCUCCAGACCCCACCGGCCUCUCCUCCACCCCAGGACCCUGCUCCUCCUGCCCCUGCUGCUCCUGCUCUUUCUCUCCCUGUGGAGCCAGCAGGCAGAGGCCGUGGUCCACUCCAGCUUCAGGCGGCUCAGCGGCCGCGAGAAGAAGGAGAUGCAGAAGGAGAUCCUGUCCAUCUUGGGUCUGCCGGGGAGACCCAGACCCCACCCGCCACUACGACCGCCCUCCUCUGCACCGCUCUUCAUGCUCGACCUGUACCAUGCCAUGUCAGCUGAUGGGGAGGACGAAGGGAAUGAAAUUAUAGUAAACGGACCUGGCAUGGGGAAGUUUGGGGCGGCAGAGAGGUUGGCUCAGGUCAACCAUGCAGCCCCGCCGACCCUCAGCACGCACACACCACCGCUGGGCACGGUGGUCAGCGAGGCCGACACGGUGAUGAGCUUCGUCAACCUGGUGGAGCAGGAGCGUGACCUCCUGCAGCCUCGUCCCUACUGGAAGGAGUUUCGCUUCGAUCUGACGCCCCUCCCUCAGGGUGAGACGGUGACGGCAGCAGAGUUUCGUAUCUAUAAGACCCUGACGAUGGGCCAGAGGGCCAACCGAACCCUGCACAUCUCUGUCUACGAGAUCCAGCGAGAGAACAGACACAGAGAGCCAGAGCUGGUGCUCCUAGACAUGCAGUCAGUGCCUGCAGGACAGGAGGGGUGGUUGGCCUUCGACGUCACCACGGCCUCCAACCACUGGCUCCUCCACCCCCGCAGCAACCUGGGCAUACGUCUCUACGUGGAGACAGAGGAGGACCGCUCCCUGUCUGCAGGCUGGAUCGGGUUGGUGGGACGCAGGGGCCCUCGCUCCAAACAGCCCUUCAUGGUGACGUUCUUCAGGGAGAGUCAGGUCCCGUGUCGGCCGCCACGAGCCGUCAAGUCACAUCCCCGCAAGAAGAAACCCAAAUACGACCUCCCAGUCCCCAGCAUCCAUAAUCGGAGUCCUGCCAACAAUGGAGGCGCUCCCUGUAAAAAACAUGAACUCUACGUCAGCUUCAGUGACCUGGGAUGGAAGGACUGGGUUUUGGCCCCCACUGGAUAUUCAGCUUACUACUGUGAUGGAGAGUGUUUUUAUCCUCUGGGCUCCUGCAUGAACGCCACCAACCACGCCCUCAUCCAGCAAGUGGUUCACCUCCUGAAGCCUGACGAGGUUCCUAAGGCGUGUUGUGCCCCCACCAAGCUCAGCCCCAUCUCCGUCCUCUUCUAUGACGACAACAACAAUGUCAUCCUCAAGAAACACCGUAACAUGGUGGUUAAGACCUGUGGGUGUCUAUGAGAGUCAAAAAGGUUUUAUUAGCCCAGACCAGUCCAAGUCCAAAACAAUGUACAUGGAUGAUUUUUCCCCCAGACAUGAACUCUGCAGAAACCUUUAAUGUUGGCAAACAGGCAGGAUCAAAAGGAGUUAUUAACAGGUCUGUGCUUAUGUAUUUGAGUGCUGAUUUAGAAUCAGUGACUUAAUUGUCUUCAUCAAUAUUACAAGUCAAACUUUACUGAUUCCAAAUCAGCUCUCUUUAGACAUUUGUUUGUGUCCAAACUGUCAGCUGGUCAGAAAUACUGGUGCGUAUACACGAAUAUACCUUCAGCCUGAAAUGUACGUUCAUAAAACAUCCAUCACCACCGUUUUUUUCCUUUGCUUUUCCAGAAGUACAGUACUUAUUUGCCAACUUUUCAAGAGUACAAAUGUUAUUUCAAUA